CCUCUCUCGCCUCUCUUCUUCUCUUCCCUCAUGUUCUCUACGCUCCUGGUCCUCGCUAAUAUUCUUGUCCCCGUAUUCUCUCAGUUAGCCCUCCCAAAUCCACCGUUUCAACCUCCUAAUAUCUCAGCCGGUUCUCAGCCCUCUUCUUCUUCCUCGAUUCCCAAUCCACAAUGGUCUACACUUGUUGGAAAUCUCUUAUAUUUCUAUGAAGCCCAGCGCAGUGGAAAUCUUCCUUCUACCAACAGAGUUUCUUGGAGAAACUCAAGCUGCAUAGACGAUGGCCAAGAUGUUGGCCUCGAUUUGAGUGGUGGAUACUACGAUGCAGGAGACUACAUUAAAGCAACCUUCCCGCUCGCGUUCUCGUUGAUGUCAAUAUGCUGGGGUGCAACAGACUUUGGAAAAGGUUAUGACCUUGCAAAUCAGACCGCCUACCUAGAUGACAUGCUACGAUGGGGAUUAGAUUGGCUUAUAAAGGCUCAUCCCUCAAAUAAUACAUUAUAUGUCGCGGUAGCCAACCCGAAUCUUGAUAAUGACUACUGGGGCGGCGACCAGAAUAUCCCUAAACCUAGGCCCUCGUACCAAAUAAACAGCACGAAUCCGGGCACGGACGCGGCAGCGGGUACAGCAGCUGCAUUUGCCGCCUGUUCAAACUUAUACAACGGUAGAGGCUUCGGUGGCGCAUACUCCUCGCCCGCUUCACUACAAAAUACGUCCUACGCCCAGACGUUACUUCAACAUGCUCAGCAGCUGUACACAUUUGCAACCACCGCUUCAGGAGGGCUUACGAAUUAUCAAAAGUCGGCUCCGGCUGCUGGGGAUGCGUAUGCGUCCAGCACAUUCGGAGACGAUCUUUCUAUCGCGGCACUUUUCUUAGCAUUCGGCACCAACUCUACGACAUUAUACAAAGAGGCAGAAGACUAUUUCAACAAGUAUAAACUAGGAGGACAAAACAUCGCGUUCAAUUGGAACUCCAAAACCUCGGGACUGUAUAUUUUGUUUUCGCAAGUCGCGCAAUCCAAUGCUGGGCUCGGUGGAAGUUUGUCGCAGUGGCAGAAUGAAGCGGAACGGUACUUGGAUAAACUCGUCGAUGGGGACAGUGGCGAUUCGUACUUCACUCCUGGAGGCCUGCUUUGGUAUCCAUUUGAUUCACCCGCCGCUAGCUUGAAUCCGGCCCUAAAUGCAGCCAUGCUGAUGCACCGUUACGCACCCAUGGCCUCUUCCGAAGGCAAGAAGAACACGUAUUCGUCAUUCGUUCGCCGCCAAGUGGAUUAUGCACUCGGGAAGAACCCCAUGUCAGUUCCAUAUGUUGUAGGAGUCAAUCCUAAUUCGCCUUCGAAUCCACACUCCGCAAGUGCUAGUGGGGGAAACGACGGCAAUAACAUCGACACCUCUCCUCCUACAAUGGCACACAUCUUGUACGGUUCCGUCAUAGGAGGACCCGACAAGAGUGACAAGUAUUUCGAUAUCCGCAGUGAUUGGCCGCAAACCGAGGUCGCCCUUGAUUAUAAUGCUCCUAUGCUUACCCUUGCGGCAAUGCACACUAUGAACGACGGGAAUGAUCCGUUCUUCACUGCUCUCCAAGCAGGCGAAUACGAGAAAGUCAAGCCACAAGGAAGACCUUGUGAUGAAGCUAUCCAGGAUGGAUGUAGUGAUCAUUCCCUCAGUACGGGCGCAAAGAUAGCAUUAGCUGUGGUCCUUAGUCUUGUGGGGGUUGUCAUUAUCGGACUUUUGAUCUGGUACUUCUUGAUCGUCCGUCGGAAGAAGACUCAGCGAGUCUGA